UACCUUUAAACUAUGAAGGGAGAAAAGCGUAAAAGUGCCACGACUAGAAAAAACCUACUCCGUACCAUGUUUCAUGGGAUCUAAAUUCAAAACCACAACGUGAUGCGUCAAUAGCCUCUUGCAUGAACAAGAAAGUAACAAGAGAGAGUGGACUUCAGAUGAACAAACAAAAAUGUUGCACCACUUUAUAUUAUAAAUCUAUAAUUAGAUAAUCAAACUAACUGUUUUAACUGUACCACUUGUAUGUCAUCGGCCUCUCUCAUUGACCUCCCCCCAUUUCUUUCUCUCUCCAAAAUUGUUCAUACAAUUAAUCAAAUAUAAAUAAAUUUAUUCAUUGAAAAAAAAAACCCAAAAAUCAGAAACCCAAAACCCUUUUAAAAGAUCUCUGUCCCCUUUAAAUUUCCCUCCUCCUGAAUUAAUAUUUUCAUUGGGGAAUUUCAUCAAACAGGAGGAGGGCAUUGCUGGGUUUUUUCGAUUUUCAGAUGACCAACAAUAAUCACAAAGAAGGUGAUUCCACAAAAUGGAUUCUUGAUAGCGUUGAAAUUGAUCAAAUUACAGAUACACCCAGAAAUGAAAGCAGCAGUAGUAGCAGUAAUUUUAAUAAUAACAAUAACAACAACAAUGCUCUGAAAAGUCCAAGAGGAGUGAAUUUUAGUAGGAUUGGUAGCAAUGCCAGGAAAAGAUUUGGGAUACUUGGAAAUGGGAAUGCCAAUAAUGCAGCUCAACCUAAGAUGGGUAGAAUGCGAUCAACUGCUGCUAGAGGGUUGCAGAGUUUAAGGUUUCUCGACGGUGCCACCGGAAAAGAUGGUGAUGCUUGGAAGCCUGUUGAGAAGAGAUUUAAGACAAAUGCUGUUAAUGGAAGAGUUCCCAGGGAUAAAUUCAGUGCUGUCAUUGGAAUGGGAAAUUCAAAAGAAUUUGCAGGGGAAUUGUAUGAUACAUUAGCUAGGAGAAGGAAUUUGGAUGCAACAAAUGGAAUUACAAUUGAUGAAAUGAGAAUGUUUUGGGAAGAUAUGACUAGUCAAGAUAUUGAUGCUCGUUUGCAGAUCUUCUUUGACAUGUGUGACAAGAAUGGGGAUGGGAAACUAUCCGAAGACGAGGUUCGCGAGGUUUUAGUGUUAAGUGCCUCAGCUAAUCAGCUAAAUAAACUCAAGUCACAAGCAGGAAAUUACGCGGCUUUGAUCAUGGAAGAAUUAGAUCCGGAUCACCAAGGAUUUAUAGAGUUGUGGCAACUUGAAACUUUGCUAAGAGGAAUGGUGACUUCUACCGAUGAAGGGACUAAGUUUAAGAGGAGCCAAACCCUAACAAAAACCAUGAUCCCCAAAAUGUUCAGGAAUCCAAUAUCAAAAACUGUGAAUAGCACAAAAGAAUUUAUCUUGGAUAAUGGGAAGAGAAUUUGGGCAGUUGGGCUAUGGCUGACCAUAAAUGCAUGCCUCUUCUAUUAUAAGUUCAAUUAUUAUGAGAAGCAUGCCGCCUUUCCAGUCAUGGGUUAUUGUGUCUGUGUUGCAAAGGGUGCUGCUGAGACUCUCAAAUUCAAUAUGGCUCUCAUCUUGCUUCCUGUUUGUAGAAGAACACUUACCCGGUUAAGGUCAACAUUUCUUAGUAGAAUAUUUCCUUUUGAUGAUAAUAUAAAUUUUCACAAGAUGGUAGCUGCUGGGAUUACAAUUGGGACUUUUUUGCAUGUUUUGAUGCACUUGAGUUGUGAUUUUCCAAGGCUCAUUUUGUGUCCGAAAAACAAAUUUAUGAUGUGGCUCGGUCCAAACUUUAACUUCAAGCAGCCAAAUUUUCUUGAUCUGGUAAGUAGUAUACCAGGGAUGACUGGUAUCAUCAUGAUCCUACUUAUGGCUUUUGCCUUCACACUAGCAACACACUCUUUUAGAAGGAAUGUUAUCAAGUUGCCGUGGCCAUUCCUUCAUUUGGCUGGGUUCAAUGCCUUCUGGUAUGCACAUCAUCUGCUGUUUGUUGUGUAUAUUCUCUUGAUUGUUCACGGGUAUUUCCUGUUUCUCACCAAGGAGUGGUUCAAUAAAACGACAUGGAUGUAUCUUCUGUUCCCAGUUCUGCUCUAUGCUAGUGAGAGAACAUUGACAUCCAUCCAUGACCACAAUCAUCAUGUUAACAUCCUAAAGGCUGUCGUAUAUGAAGGAAAUGUCCUGGCAUUAUAUAUGAGCAAACCACCUAAUUUUAAGUACAAGAGUGGGAUGUACUUGUUCGUCAAGUGUCCAGAUAUCUCAAGCUUUGAAUGGCAUCCCUUCUCUAUUACUUCUGCACCUGGUGAUGCCUAUCUGAGUGUACAUAUUAGAGCCUUGGGAGACUGGACUAAUGCACUUAGGGAUAGAUUUGCAAAGACCUGUGAACCUCCAGCAAGCCGUCCUGCAAAGGGAAGGCUCAUGAGAAUGGAAACCAAACAAAUGAAUGAUUUCGAUAUACAACCACCAAGCUUUCCACAUAUAAUCAUCAAAGGUCCAUAUGGAGCUCCAGCGCAGAAUUACAAAAAGUAUGACAUUCUUUUGCUCAUUGGACUUGGUAUUGGAGCAACUCCCUUCAUCAGCAUCCUCAAGGAUCUCUUAAAUAACUUAAAAGAAAGCAGUUCAGAGGAUAUAGAAAGCAAAAAGGGGCCUCAAAGAGCGUAUUUCUAUUGGUCUACAAGAGAACAAGCCUCCUUUGAUUGGUUCAAGGGGGUCAUGGAUGAUAUUGCAGAAUAUGAUACUGAUAAUGUGAUAGAAAUGCAUAACUACUUGACUAGUGUGUAUGAAGAAGGUGAUGCUAGAUCAGCACUUAUUCAAAUGGUGCAGUCAUUGCAGCAUGCUAAGAAUGGAGUAGAUGUGGUGUCUGAAAGCCGGAUAAGAACACAUUUUGCAAGACCUAACUGGAGGAAGGUGUUUACACAACUAGCUGCCUCACACGAAUCACAGAGAAUAGGUGUUUUCUAUUGUGGAAGCCCGAAUUUGACAAAACUGCUGAGGCAACUGUGCCAAGAAUUCAGCCUUAGCAGUACCACCCGCUUCCAUUUCCACAAAGAGAACUUUUAGGUGUAGCAUAGAUUUUGCGUGGUAAAUUAAAUCCAGUCUUGUAGAUUAUAUUUUAUCUUAUGUUAGAAUGAGUUUUGGCCCGUUUUCUUUUCUUUUCUUUCCCAAUCUUUGCUUAUACACAUACUUGUAUUUACUAACAAGAGUAACAAAAACCAAGCUUUAAUUUGUUUUGUUCGGGAUAGCAGGUAGAUCUUGAUACUAACAAUAUGAGCUAUGCUUGAUUGUUACAAUAUUUAAGGCCUCAUCGGUUAAGG